AUGAUAAACCAUUUGGACGACAAGUUUUCUAUGACAGCUCAGAUGGAUUAUGGGAAGUUGUUCCUUCUGGUCAAGGAUGUUGAUGGCGUGGUUGGAUGGGGCCAAGAAGUCAAUACAGGAAUAGUCCCAUACCAAAAGUUGGCCUCUCCUCCAUGGGAUUUGAGAGAUCCCAUCAGGACUUUAUUUAAAAAUGAUAAUGAAAAAUUGUUGGCUGUGGAAAAUAUUUGGGCACCUGACAAAUGCUAUGAAUUUCCAUUGUCUUUGGAUAAAAGAAAUUUAACAUUUCAAACAUCGUGGCUUAACAAAUAUAAGUGGCUUGCUUAUUCAGCUAAUGAAAAGGGAGCUUUUUGUAAAGUGUGCGUCAUUUUUUCACCAAGAUAUGCUGGACCCGGGUCACAAAAACUCAAAACAUUGGUAAGUCAAGUAUAUACAAGAUGGAAAGAUGCUCUUGAAAAUUUUAAUUAUCAUCAACAAAAUAAAUAUCAUCUCAAUUCUUGUGAGAUAUCUGAUGCUUUAAAAGCCAUCUCUAUGAAUCAAAAGAUAUCAAUAUCUAAUGUAUUCAAUAAAAAAUUGAAUAAUUAUAUAAUUGAUGCAAUCAUUUGGCUAGGGAGGCAGGGCUUAGCAUUAAGAUCUCAUAGAGUAUCAGCUGGCCCCUUAAAACUUUCAUCUUCUCAUAAUGAAGGGAAUUUUAAGGAAUUGCUGAAACUUUUAUGCAACAAUAAUGAUAAUUAUAUAAAGCUUUUUGAAAACUCGGCUAAAAAUGCCACCUACCUUAGUUCAUGCAUUCAAAAUGAAAUUAUAUCCAUAUGCAAUAAGUUUAUAUUGAAAGAAAUUUCUACAAAAGUGAAAGCAUCACUAUUUUUUAGUGUUCUGGCGGAUGAGACAUCGGAUAUUGGUAACAUAGAGCAAUUAUCCAUAGCAAUAAAGUUUAUUGAUAUGGAAUCAGGUCAUUAUAAAAUGAAGGAACUCUUUGUUCAAUUUAUUGAUUUACAUGACACUAAAUCAGAGACGAUAGCCAAAGAAAUUUUAGCAUCCCUUCAAGAUCUAGAUUUAAAUCCAAUGAGAGGCCAGGGAUAUGAUGGAGCUCCCUCAAUGAGUGGUCAUGUUAAGGGAGUGCAGUCAAGAAUUAGAUAG